CGGAAUCUCAUGUUCUAGCGUCGCAUUGCACGAUGAGCAACGACCAGUACGCCGCCUUGACGUCACCAAGGCGCAAAACGCCGAUUCUUCCAGCACUAGCUGCGGUGACCGAGCAACGCCGUCGCAGUUCCAAUCAACCUGCCGUAGCCGGAAAAGUACAACUGGAUGUGCUCAAAUCCAACAAGUCCAAUGUGGAAAUCUCCACCACCACCACCAGCUCUCACUACACUGCGUUCAAGUUUCAACUGGAGCUAGCCGUCCGGGCCGGAGUUGGCACUGUUUUGGCGGGGCUACUCAUGACCAAAGCCCACGCCACCAAUUCCACUAGUACCUUGGAAGGCCAGACUCAUUGGGUGUUCUUUCCAGACUGGUACAUCUUUGGGGGGUUGUCCGUCGUGGCGAUGGCGACAGUCUUUGGUGCUGGCAACAACAUUGGCGCCACCGUGCGUGAAAUUGCCCAGCAACUUGGCGGGGUUGGCUCGGCGUUGCUGUACAACAUGGUCGUGUUCUACAUGUUUCCGCCUCAAUCGUUUGCGUCCGUCCACGAAUUGGAACGAGCGAAAUUGAACGGAACGCUCGUUUUGGCCGCCCAUUCGUUCAGUGGCCACCCGUAUUGGAUCCACCCUCGGGACUUUUACACCAAGUUGCCGUUCAUCAUGCUGUUUACGCUCGUGGGCAUUCUCUUGCCAAUGGAAACCAACACUCGACGAUACAUGCUCAACAACAACCUAUUCUUUUCGCUGACAUUGGCCAGCCCCAAUGACUUUACCAACCCCAACGUGCUCAAAACGCCCGGGGAUGUCCUAUACAACCCCCCCAACAUUAUUGCCAACUUGUUUGUGUACUUGCUACUGGGGGUUCUCGGUGCAAUUAUCGCCAACCUAGUGCUAUGGGUGCCGUAUCCGAUGCUUGGCAUCCGCCAACUAACCGCCCACACAACAUCCUGUGCGCAUACUUUGGACGAGUUGCUGGACCUCCUCGUCGACGCCUACUGCUUCAAGACACAGGACGUGGACCACAUGAAGUUCCUCCGCUUAAAACUCGAGCGCAAGUUUGACGCUGCCGUUGCAAAACAUGCCGAGAUGACGGCGCUGCUCCAAGAUGUGUGGUGGGAGCAACUCGUGGGGCUGCACCUUGCCCUGCGAUUCCGCCGAUCUUCAGUUCAGCCGUUCGUGACACUGUUUGGGGCCCAAGUCGAGCAUUUGAGAGCAAUGUAUCAAGCGAUGGAGCUGGAGCGGUACGAACACCUCCACAGUCGCUUCAUGGCGUCGCUACAGCAACAAGUAUGCACUGUCCAAUUGCACGCCAGUCGUGUGGUACAUGAAAUCAGCUCGUUGGCCCACCACGGAGUUCUCGACAUGGACGUGACUGGUCAACACGAACUACAUCGACAUAUGGAGCACUUGUUGCGUCAAUAUCAACAGUCGCAAGUGCAGAUUUACAGCCAACAUGAACCGAAUGCGAGGCAAGUGGAAGGCAACAUCCCUCUCCACGUGUUUUUGUUUUCGUUGCAAUUGUACGCUCAAACGUUGCUCGAGUUCCAAGCCACGUACAAUACAACACCGCAUCACACGGCUCAACGCAUGCUGAUCUUUGCCCAAGCUAAAGUUGGGUCGUACUUUGAUCGAACCAACUACCCACCAGCCAAACUUCGCACGGCCUUGAAGGCGUGGAUAGCCAUCUUGGUCGCUUGUUUCAUCUCCGUGUAUACGUUUGGAUAUUCAUCCACAACUCCCAGCGCCGUGGCGAUUGUUAUGAGCGGCCAUGUUGGCGGGUCGUUCCGAGUGACGGCGAAUCGCGUGGGCGGCAUCAUCGCCGGCACCAUCGUCCCGUCCGUCGUCCUGUUUUACAUUUGCUCGUACACGUGUGGCCACAGCAUUCUCAUGGCUGUGCUGACCAACACCAUGCUGUUUGUUUGGGUCACUAUGUCCAUGUUUGUAUGCUUUAAGAACGGCAUCGACGCGUACGCGGGAUUAAUCGCUGCGUUUACAUCCACCCAAGUGCUUAUGCGGGGGUGCGACGGCUGCGCCCAUGCAACUGUCACGCCCAUCUCGUCGUAUGCAAACUUGGCCCAGCUAAGUUUGGGGGUGGUGCUGUUUGUGGUCGUCGAGUUGGCUAUGAGCCCCCACAGCGCCGUGUCGAUCGUUCGAGCCAACGUUCAGUCCCAGCUCGCGCUAUACAAACACUGUUAUGAGACUCUUGUCACGCAUUCUUCAUUGGGAAGAAAAAGCCAGGAUCAUAACGAUACCACAACCCUCCAACGACUCGUGCAAGUGGACCUCCCCCGCCUCCUUUGCACCCAAGCGUCGCUCUUGACUGAAGCUUCGUUUGAACCGCAGCUAUGGCGACCGCCGUUUUCCAUGCCAAAGUAUAAACGUGUGCUCGAGUGCUGCCACCAGCUAUACAACCACACGGUGGUCUUGUGGCACGUAGUUGAGUGGACGAGAAAGCGCGGCGGCCUGCCAUACUUGGACGAGCGUUGUCGGGAUUGGUUUACGCCGUUGCGGCACGGCGUGAUGGAAUCGUUUGAGACGUUGGCCGAUUUGUUUGGGCCAGCGUUUGCCGCUGUCGAACCCGACCAAGUUGCCAUGUACAUUCAGAUCAAGGAGGCGUUCCGCGUGGCCGAUAGAGACGGGAGCCACGACAUGGAUGUAGGCGAAGUCAAGGACAUGCUCGGGAUGAUCUUUGCCGAGUCGGGCGCGACCAAAGUAACAGACAUGGAGUCAUGUGUUGGCGACUUUAUGACCCUAGUGGACACGGACGGCAACGGCAAAGUGACGUUGGACGAGUUCAAACUUGCGCUGGAGCGGGGGUUAAAGCUCCACGUGCAAGUGCCCAGUAUGGGAGCCGCCGCGCUUCGAAGGCAAAGCUCCAUCCACACGGAUUUGAUGGUACAGACGGCUGCUGCUGCCUUUCCACGACAAGGAGGACACGAUACAACGCUCCGUCGUCUGUCGUCGACGAUCAAACAGCGACCACCAUCGGCGAAUCCAGUGAUGACGAUAAUGCGGCCGCACGAGUUGUUGGCCGUGGACGCUGUCGUGCUGCCAGAUUUAGCGAAGACCCUGCGGACCCAGUACGCAAACUGGUUUCUGCUCGAGCACUCGACGACCUCAGGACAACAACCACCACACAAAAAAUCGAUGUCCAUCGAAGAGCUGCUGCUGCUCAACUGUGUGAUCAGUGCAGCGAGUGGGUUUGCCACGACGUUGGCCAGAUUGGAGGAGCUGACUGUGCAGCCAUAAUGAUGAUAAUGAUACCACCACUAGUAUUUAUACCA